AUGGAGAAGAUCCACGCCAUUGAGAGCGACGGUCGCAUCAUCACAGGGAUUGAGGUCUUCCGCCGGCUCUAUGAGGCAGUCGGUUUAGGCUUUGUGUACUCGUUGACCAAGAACCCAGCUGUGGAGAAGGCGGCAAACGCUGUCUACGACGUGUGGGCCAAGUACCGGACCCAGAUUACGGGUCGCGAGGCCAUGGAGGUGAUCUUGCAGCGCCGCGCAGCCGAGGCAGCCGGCAAGGGGGAUGCGGGCAGCCUGUGUGGCGAGGAGGGGACCGACGGCGCUGCAGCGUGCGAGGUGCCGGUGGGGGCGCGGGGUGGUGCAGACAAGCAGUGA